AAAUCGAACGGACGACGCGAUUAUUGAAGCGGCGGAUUGUAACAUUUUUCGUAUUGCAUUAAAAAUAUAACUAAACAUUUAUAAAUUAAUAUAAUAUUUGCAAUUUUGCCAACGUGAAAUCAGUGUAGUGUUCAUUGUACACUUACUAAACAUAUAUAAAUAUAUACGUAAACUACAGUUAUUUCUAAUAGCAAACGGACUUGGCGUCAUUUUUGAGGUAUGGAUUUAACAUCGGGUUCGAAUGGCUCGCGCCAGCAACCACAACGGAAAUCAAAUCAAAAUAUUCAAGUCUAUGUGCGCGUGAGACCGUUGAAUUCGCGGGAACGCUGCAUACGCUCCGCAGAGGUCGUGGAUGUAAUGCCACCACGUGAAAUAGUUACACGCCAUACCCUCGACUCCAAGUUGACCAAAAAAUUUACGUUUGAUCGCACUUUUGGUCCGGAUUCGCGACAAUGCGAUGUCUACAGCACGGUCGUUGCACCUCUUAUCGAGGAGGUGCUUGCUGGAUACAACUGCACGGUAUUUGCUUAUGGCCAGACGGGAACUGGCAAGACACAUACCAUGGUGGGCAACGAGUGUGCCGAGCUAAAGUCCACUUGGGAAGAUGACUCGGAAAUUGGCAUUAUACCGCGUGCGCUCAGCCACUUGUUUGAUGAGCUCCGAAUGACGGAACUGGAGUUCACGAUGCGCAUCUCCUAUUUGGAGUUAUACAAUGAAGAGCUGUGUGAUUUGCUCUCAACCGAUGAUAAUACAAAGAUUCGUAUAUUUGACGACAGUACGAAAAAAGGUUCGGUAAUUAUACAGGGUCUGGAAGAGAUACCUGUCCAUAGCAAGGACGAUGUGUACAAGCUGCUGGAGAAGGGCAAGGAGCGUCGUAAAACGGCCACCACACUGAUGAAUGCUCAGUCCUCUCGUUCCCAUACGGUUUUCUCUAUUGUCGUUCACAUACGUGAAAAUGGCAUCGAUGGCGAGGAGAUGCUGAAAAUUGGCAAACUGAAUCUGGUGGAUUUGGCAGGCAGUGAAAAUGUGUCCAAGGCGGGCAACGAGAAAGGCAUACGAGUACGUGAAACAGUGAACAUUAACCAGAGUCUGUUGACUCUUGGACGUGUGAUUACUGCCUUGGUCGAUCGUGCACCUCAUGUGCCUUACCGUGAGUCGAAAUUGACUCGUCUGUUGCAAGAGUCUUUGGGUGGGCGUACCAAGACCUCUAUUAUAGCUACUAUUUCGCCUGGCCACAAGGACAUUGAGGAGACGCUCAGCACACUUGAGUACGCACACCGAGCCAAGAACAUCCAGAACAAGCCAGAAGUCAAUCAGAAGUUGACCAAGAAGACGGUACUCAAAGAGUAUACCGAAGAGAUUGACAAGCUAAAACGUGAUCUGAUGGCGGCACGAGACAAGAAUGGCAUCUACUUGGCGGAGGAUACCUACAAUGAAAUGAUGCUGAAAAUGGAUUCGCAGACACGUGAGCUAAAUGAAAAAAUGUUGCUCCUUAAGGCACUGAAGGAUGAGUUGCAAAACAAAGAGAAGAUCUUCAAUGAGGUCAGCAUGAGUCUCGUGAAGAAGACCCAGAAGCUCACUCGCACUGAACAGAAUUUAACAGAGACCAAAGGCUCACUGCUGCUCACCAAGAAAGUCCUCAGCAAAACUAAGCGCCGCUACAAGGAGAAAAAACAGCUGGUCGAGUCGCACGUGAAGACGGAACAGGAGCUGACCACGCAAGCCCAUCAAAUCCUAGAAGUUGCCGACUUGGCUUCCAAUGAUACGCAUCAGCUAUUAGGCACCAUUGAGCGGCGUCGCACUGUGGAUGAAAAGAUACGCAGCACUUGCGCGCAGUUCACGGAACGCAUGCGUGACAAUCUGGAGGUUCUCGAUGGCAGUCUCAAUCAAUACCAGGAACAGCAGGCUGGCUCCACACAGCAGUUGACGGACGAGUUAGCCAACUGCACUAACGUACAUAAGCGUCUGGUGGCCAAUGCCACCACGAGCAUCGAUAACUUGCGUGCUACUUGCUUGGAGGCCUUGACAGCACAUGGGCAGCUGCACGCACAGUUCACGGCAGCUAUUGCUAGCAGUGGGGAUGCUCAUUGCCAGGCUCUAGUAGCACAGCUGUUGGAGCAAAUGCAGCAACGCAAGACGCAGCUAUGCGAGGAUAUAAUGGGCAAUCUGCAGGAGCUGGAGGCGAACAAUGAACGGCACAAGGCAGCGCUGGAUAGCAUGCGUGAUCGCUUCUCGAAAAUUAUUGAGUCCGAUGCUAAUGCACUGCAGCAGCACGUAAAAGUGAUUCAGCAAGAAUUGCGGCGAUUGACAGCGAUCAGUGCGCCGGAUAUGGAUCAACUGCAACAGUUGCUGGCUGAGCUAGCCUAUGAAGAGGAGCUGGCAAAGCAGGAGGGAGAGCUGCUGCAGCAGUUGGAACAAUUGCAGCAGAAGCGUGCAAAGAACACAAUUAGCAUGGGCUCACGCGUCGGCCAGCUGAAAGAAACUCAUGAGGCGGUGAAUGAACAGCUCAAGCUGACUGGCAACAGCAUGCAGGCCUAUGCCAUGGAGGGUUCGUUUUUAGCGCAAUCAGCACGUGAGGAACUGUGUAGCCAACUGCAUGCUGCAGUGCUGUGCAUAGAUCAAGGCGUUGCCAAGUGCUCAACGCUACAGAUUCAGUUAGAGAAUUUGAGCAAAGAGAGCGUCAAGCAGGCCGAACAAAGUAUGCAAACGGUUCGCCUGCACGAGCAGCAAAUGCGACAGAUGUGCUCGGCCAGCGAGGAGCGAGCCGAGCAACUGCGUCAUGAGCAACAGAAACAGCUUAGAACAGCCACCGAAAAUAUCCAUAAGGUUAUCUCGGAUGAUGUUAAAUUGGGCCAUGGGCAUGAUGCCAUUACUGCCGAUCUCAUUAAUAAACUUUCCAUUCAGACAAAGCAGCAUGCGAUAUUGCAGCGGCAACAGUUGGAGACUUGCCACAAAGACCUCUCGCACUUCCAUCAGAGCGAGUUGAAAACGUAUGCGCCCACUGGCACGACCCCAUCAAAGCGUGAUUUUAUUUAUCCGCGCACAUUGGCAGCUACAUCGCCGCAUGAGGACAUAGUGCGUCGCUAUAGACAAGAACAGGACUGGUCAGAUUUGGACACCACAGCCACUAUCGAUGAGUGCAGCGAGGGUGAGCCAGAGGAAUCGUUGCAAUCUGUGCAAGAACUGUCGGAAACGGAGACCAUUAUGAACUCCACGCCCAUUGAUCCUGCCGAUGGAGUAAAUAUGAAACCUCGAGUUACCAGAAACGGAGCCAAUGCGCUGAAGCCACCACUUGUCAGCAAACGGAGCAACUCCUUGUCAACUUCCCUGACGCCCAAUAAGAGUUCUUCUCGCAAUUCACCUCGAAAUUCACCGCUUAGUUCGCCAGCCUUCAAUCGGCACAACAAAGAGAAUAUGGCACAAUAAAAGGGGACUCCAGCAUCGCAGUAAUAAGUCGCUAAUUGGAUCAUGUCUUCUCUAUUUGCUCGUUCCUUUUUAUUAUUAAUUUUAUUUUUGCAUUUUAUUAAUUCUUGAAAUUCUUAUUAAAUGUAUUAUGCACAUAUAUUUUUACCUUAAAUAAGCGCACCUGUACUACAGUGAAUUAAAUUAAAUCUGGUAUAUCAACUGAAA